AUGGCUCAGCCAAUCUGGUUCUUUCCACCUAGCUUCAACUUUCUUCCUGAUGGCGAGAUUUCAUUAGGCUCAAUUAUACCGCAUCCAAACAGGCCUACACUCUCGCUCGCCUCACUAAAUUCAGCAUCUCAUCCAGAAAUUAUCCUCCCCAAGAUCAAUACUUUCACCGAACCUGACCACCUUCACUCCCAGAGCAAAAGCACCUCACUUACCACGCAAGCUUUUCUCAAACUCGUGAGUUUAGCCUUGCCAGUCGGAAACGUGACUGCAUCCCGCUUCACCAAAACGACAUACGGUAGUGUGAACCUCGAAACGAGAGUAUUUGAUGGUGGCAUGAGUGAACACGCCUUGAAAGCAAUUGUUGGUUUGGCUCAGGUAAAGAAGCAUAUAGACGGCGGCAUGUUUGGCAAUAAGCGGCCCGUGUAUAUCAUCUCAGGAUUGCGAAUCGCCAAAGAUUCCUUUCAAGUGACGAGCGAAAGCGGGACGAAAAACUUGACAUCAGUGGGAGCAUCUACGUCUACAGUGACAGGCCCUCUUACUCUUUCGGGUGGAGGCGAUGUUGCUGUCAACAGGGAGCAAAGCAAGAAUGACAGUUACAAGACUGCACCCGGAGUUGUGUUUGCGUACAGACUGUAUGUCAUUAGGACUAAGAGGGACGGCGAUGUUGAAACUGAGCUAUUCUCUCACCGAACGGCCUUUCUCACCGGCGAAGUUGAUGAUGAAGACUCUGAAGAAGAAUGGGAGCAUGGAGAGGUGUCUAAAAAUGUGUUGCUCGACGACAUGGAGGUUGAUCCUGAUUUUGAUGAAUAUCCAUUGGGUGAAGAAGGGGAGGAAUCUUGUAUUGCAUUCAAACAUUAG